AGUCUUAAUCAUUUCUUAAAAUAUCCACCAUGUAGUUAUGUUCCACACUGAACUUUUGUGGACUCAAAUACAGCCUCCUCUACAGGGUUUCCCUAGACAAGAACUAUCCUCAGAAAUAAACGUCACACUGGGCGGGGUUUAUUCAGAGAAGCCAGGAAUAUUUAAGCUUAUUGGCUAGAUCUUGACCUCUCCAUGGAAAGUGAUUGAUCAUUCCCUGCUAAGCCCUCUCAGACAAGGUCAGGAAGUUCAAGAUAACGGCAAAUCAUGACCUAUUCUGCCAAAGGAGAGGGGUAAAUCCAUCUGGAGACUUUCCCAUUUGCCUCUUUGAUGACCAUAGAUGUCCUUCAGUUCUAGGAAGGUUUCAACAGUUAUCCAAUUAAAGGGUUAUCUCUCCUUUUAGGUGCCUAGUCUAUAGGGCUUUAGACUUUGUGCCGUCAUCAGCAGUCAAUACUGUCUUGGAGCAGCAAACUCCUCACAACUCAUACUCUAUAAACUGCAGCUACUGUUGGACUUCUGGAUUUGACAGGCCAAUUCUGCAUUUCAUUUAGAAAGAGGUUCUCUGAGGAGUUAUGGGUGCCCACGGAUCCAGCCUGGACGAAGUCUUGGCUGAGGACAUGCACCACUGGUACAACAAGUUCAUGAGGGAAUCGCCAUCAGGUCUCAUCACACUCUUUGAACUCAAGACCAUGCUACAGAUGCAGGGGAUGACUGAGGAAGCCAGCGGCUAUGUGGACCAAGUCUUCUUCACUUUUGACAUGGAUGGGGAUGGCUACAUAGAUUUUGUAGAAUACAUCGCAGCUGUAAGUCUGCUACUAAAAGGAGAGAUAAACCAGAAACUGAAGUGGUACUUCAAACUCUUUGAUCAGGAUGGAAAUGGCAAGAUUGACAGAGAUGAAAUGGAGACCAUAUUCAAAGCCAUCCAGGAUAUUACCCGGAGUUAUGACAUUCCUCCAGAUGAUAUUGUGACUCUGAUCUAUGAGAGAAUUGAUGUCAAUAAUGAAGGUGAGUUGACAUUGGAGGAGUUCAUCACAGGGGCUAAAGAACAUCCUGAUAUCAUGGAGAUGCUCACUAAGAUGAUGGACCUCACGCAUGUCCUGGAGAUCAUAGUCAAUGGGCAAAAAAAGAAGGAGUGACUGCCAAUUUCUGAUGCAUUGCACAAUAAAAGGAUCCCAUCCUGAUUAAAGAUUGACUCUGUGGCUUAAAAGCAUAAAACAUACUUGGUAGAGGGUGAAACCUGCUAGCAGUAUCUCUGUGAUUGUUUUCAUACACUUUUUCUCUGUUUCUGUGCCUCCAGAUAUCCAGUUAGCAGAGCUCUCUUACCCUUCUACUUUUAUCUGAAUCACCUUUACAAGUCUGAAAAUGUCAUUCUCACAGGCAGAAAUGAUACAAGAGGAGAUUAAUUAAUGGUAAUUAAUGGAUCAUUUGUCCUAUUUGCUGUGGUGUGAAGCAUGUUGUUAGCAAAUGAUAUGCUCUAUGAGCCGCUGCAUUUACAGUGCCCCUAAAAUGUAUAUGGACACUUAAGUCUCAAUUAAAAUGAAUCAAAAUGACAGGCACUUUUAAAUGUGACUUACUAAAGUAAUUUAAAUGUCCAAACACUGUUUAGUGAACACAGUGUAAAGAGGGACCAGUGUUAUAAAUAAUUUGUACAGUUUUUCUAUUGAUGUAUGUAAUCUUCAUUCUGACUUUUGAAAUUUUGUGCUAAAUUAUUUAGAAAACACUACCGUUCUAACUUGUAACCAUUGCCUUACAUAAAUAAAUGCAGUAUGCUGCACAUUUGGA